AUGGUUGGGGACGUCGCCUACUUGCGCUCUGUCCUGCCCGCCAGCACAGAGGACGCCUUCUUCGAUUACCUGGCCACCCUGGAUGCCUCGGAGGUGACAGUGUCCGCCGUGCCGGAGGGCUCCGUCGUCUUCGCCAGGGUGGGACACAUGCAGUUCCCUCCCCUGUUUCAGAGGGGCUUUGGGGAUAUCAGCUCCCGUGUCCCCGGAGAGGACGGGGAUGUCACCACCCGACUGUCCCCGCAGGUCCCGUUCCUGCAGGUGAAGGGGCCGCUGCUGGUGGUGCAGCUGCUGGAGACCACGUUGCUGUGCUUGGUCAACUACGCCAGCCUGGUAGCCACCAACGCCGCCCGCUUCCGACUCCUUGCUGGCCCGGACAUGAAGCUGAUGGAGAUCGGACUCCGUCGCGCUCAGGGGCCGGACGGUGCCCUUUCGGCCUCCAAGUACUCCUACAUCGGGGGCUUUGACUGCACCAGCAACGUCCUGGCGGGGAAACUCUACGGCAUCCCGGUGCGCGGCACCAUCGCCCACUCCUUCAUCAUGUCCUUCACCUCACUGGAGGAGGUGCAGCCCCGGGAGGUGACACCGCUUGAAGGAGGAGAGCCAGUGGACCUCCCGGCGCUGGCCGAGUCAUGGCUACAGCGGGUGUGUGAGCUGCUGCAGACGCCCCCUGAGAAGGUGAACCAGGGCGAGCUGGCCGCCUUCGUGUCCUACGCCAUCACCUUCCCACAGCUCUUCCAGGGGCUGCUGGACACCUACUGCGUCAGGAGGAGCGGCUUGCCAAAUUUCUGCGCCGUGGCGCUGGCCCUGCACCAGUUGGGCUACCGGGCCAUCGGGGUGCGCCUGGACAGCGGGGACCUGGCCCAGCAGUCCAAGGAGAUCCGCCGAGUGCUCCGAACCUGCGGUGCUCACUUCCAGGUGCCGUGGUUUGAGACCAUCCCCAUCGCUGUCAGCAAUGACAUCAGCGAGCAUAGCCUGGAGGAGUUCAGCCGGGAGGGGAGCGAGAUUGACAUGAUCGGGGUGGGGACGAACCUGGUGACGUGUCCCCUGCAGCCGUCGCUGGGCUGUGUUUACAAGCUGGUGGAGGUCAAUGGCUCCCCAUGCUUGAAGCUCACAGAAGAUGAAGAGAAGAUGACGAUCCCGGGGAUUAAGACGAUCUAUCGGCUCUAUGAUGCUGCCGGUCACCCCUUCAUGGACCUCAUGGCCCUGGAGGAGGAGCCCUCACCCACCGCGGGGCAGGAGCUGGCGGUUCGUGUCCUGGGGCAUCUUGGCGAGACCAGCAAGGUCGUGCCUACCACCGUGGAGCCCCUCCAUCGCACGUACUUCAGAGAUGGCCAGGUUUCUGAGCCUCUGCCCACCCUGCUGGAGGUGAGGAGUCAUGCGCAGGCGUCCCUCAGCCUGCUCAGUCCCGCUCACCGCCGGCUCCACGAGCCACAGCCCUACCCGGUGGCCGUGACGGAGAGGCUGCACCGUCUCCUCACCGAGCUGCGGCAGGCCAGCCAGUGA